AUGCCAACAGAACUCGAGUACGAGAUCGAUGUCCCUUUUCGCGAUGCCAAUUAUGAGCCACUCGGCGAUGCCCUGUUUAGAUUGACGCUGAGUGAAGAGAACAAAGCUGAGAUCUUCGAGUAUGGGCUCUCAAGGCUCAGUCAAAGUCAGCAAGAAGCCUCCAAGAUAUUUCAGAAUCUUGCCAGAUGGGAUCCGACUACGAGAUUGAUGUUUGCUUCACGUUCUUCUUCUACUGUUCUCAACACGCCGUUCCGUCUCGUCUUUCCCAACGCUGAUUUGAGCUCUUUCGACGAGACCGGAUUGUACGUCCGCCAGUACAUGGUAGUAUCAUACUGUUGGCACUCGAAAGACUUCUUUCCCGAUGGCUACGAGAGACAUGGCGAUUGGCCUAUAAGCAAGCCAUUUGUGGACGCCAUCAUCGGCGAGAAAAAUCAUGCUCGAGUUGGCAUUUGGAUGGAUCAGCUAUGCAUCAACCAGGAAUCGCCGAUCGACAAACAGAAGUCAGUCGCAGCCAUGGAUGUCAUCUAUCGAUCUUGUCUGCGCCUUUUGGUUCUCCUUGAGGACGUGUACCUGGACGAGACAGAGGUCAAGCUGUUUGAAAAGUACGAUCUUUGCAAGGUGACCAAGUAUAAUCGAGCGUGGACACCUCCAGUCGAGGAUCAAGCGCCGCUUAAUGGAUUGCUCGCCAAGAUCGUUGCUGCUCGAUGGUGGCAACGAGCUUGGUGCUUACACGAGUUCAGUGUCAAUGAACCAUGGAGCGACAAAAGACAGUGCAACGAGAUUCAUAACGCCACCUUCAUUAUGAAUGGGCCACUGGGGUCGAUAGUAAGGGUUAAAUGGUGGACGCUAUUUCAUGUCGCGGGCAUGGCUCCCAACUUAGCGACGGACUGCCCGGGCAUGGAGAUCUUUAUGCCCGUUGACAAUUACAAAGACCGCGAACCUGGUUGGAGAAGCAGUCUCAUAGCGAGACACAAUCACGCCAGCAGGAAAGGGUGCUUGCUCUUGGCGGACAAGAUCAGCAUCAUGAUCAACAUGUGUGGAAUUGGCUUCGCUUAUCAAGGACCAGCGUUAGGGAGCACCGAUGAAGUGCUAUACAUCAGCACCCUGCUCGCCCUUGCAGCAGGAGAGACGUACCCGCUUACUCUGUUCGACAACAGAAUACCUGCAAGGCUGCUCGAGACUACAUCAUGGUUGCAGCGGCGCCUUACAGACGACCUGCAACACGAGCUGUUUGUCUCUCGAUUCAGACCCAGAAGUAUGAGCGGCAUCCAUCGCAUUUCCAUGCAAUACAUCGAACUAGACAUGGUCUUUCUUCCGGCUCCCGCCCGAUGGACCAAAGCGGCAGACACAGACAUCAGCAUCACCUACAGAAUCUUCCCUGAAACGAUUCCUACCACACGCUCUGCAACACACAGACCAUUGCAAGCGUCUUUUGAAACAGUGAGCCACCCAUAUGAGAUACUCGAUGAGCUGAGACGCAACUUCCUGGCCGGCUGCAUCAAAAACGGUUACUCCUUCACCGCUCGACUCUGGGCGCAGCUCGAGAGGGAUGUCGUAGGACCGAACUAUAAUCAAGGCCUAUACAAAGACUUGUCGUCAAAUCCAGUGCUACUCCCAGCCGCGCAAAGGCUCAUCGCACAGCUCCUGCCAGUCUCGACAUUACUGGGUGUUUUGUCUCCUCCCAGUUUUGCAGUCAAGGAUGCGCAACUCUUUCUCACCUGGCUGACCGACCCACGAUCAGUGUAUUACAUUGGCACCGAAACUAACUGUAUCCAAUGCUCAAUUGAUGGGGAAGUAGCCUUCAGUUCGAGCGCAAUGUUCAAUGAGAACUUCAAAUCCGGUUCGGUCGAGGAGCUGCGAGCUGCCGUUCCAACUGACCUGCUAGACGAGGGCUGUAUGCCUAUCAGGAUAUGGCUCCUAUGCCCGGGAGAAUCUGAGGAUGGCACAGAGAGGUGGAGGCUCGUGGGAAAGACCUUGUUGCUGGGUGACUCGGAUCUGAGGAAGGAGGCUAACGAGAGCAAGGGAAGGGAGGACGCCGUAGUGGAAAUAAGGAGGGUCGUUGUCGGUGGUUGA